GAUUUUGUCUAUUAAAUUCAACAAAAACACCUGUCAAAUACAAACGUAAUGUCAUUCAGUUCAGCCGGUCAGACUUCAGUUUGACAUUUAUCAAACUAAUCGGCUUGAGUAGUGAAAAAUAAUAAUACCGACAAUCUGGAGUUGUGAUUGUGAAACUUUAUUUUUAUGUGAACGUACCUGAAGUAGUGUAAUUGUUCAAAAAUAAUAUUGUCUGUGUAAUUCAUAAAUAAUUAUAACAUGUUUAAAAUAAGCGAAGUUAAAUGCUGUUUGUGAACAAAUCCCAUUUUUAAGGUAACUCAAAUGGUUAUACAAGAUGGCCUCUACUGAAACCGCUAUUCCAUCUGAGAUAGAAGAAACCAAAAUUGACAACGAUUGCACAACUAAUGAUCUGUCAGUAUUGAACUCAAAAUCUGCAAUUAGUUUCAACUCACUGAAUGAUGCUGCGGAUAGCCAAGAAGGUGACAGCAAAAGAAACUUUGACGAUGAAGUUAAAGUCAAGAAAAAGGUCAACAUUUACACAGAAGAACCGGAUGAAACGACCGCUUUAAGGAAAGGCUCGGAGGCAUCCGACUCUUUGGCAGAGAAAUCCAUAACUAGCAAUGGUUUGGAAAAAUGUCUGACGAUGACAGGCACAAUUAAGAGAGGUAAAAAGGCCGGUCAGAAUCUUGACAUUAGGCUGAACAUGUCGCGGGAGGAGUUGGAAUUGUUGGACGCGAACAUAGCGGCUAAGACGCAACAAUCGUGGUUGAACUGUGGGCUCACAACAGGACCGCACGUAUUCGUGUGGAGCCUUAUAUGUUUCCCUUUUGCAGUAAUCGUGUCGGCUUUGUACUCAUUUUACAUGGGAACCUUGAUGUGGUACAAUGUUUUCACGUACAUCACCGAAGAAGCCAAUAUCGUAUGGCGCAUUUUACUCUCGCCUUUCCUGAUUUUGUUUUACCCACUGUUCAUCUUAAUGUGUACCGUCUGUCUCGGUAUGUACGCCGGGUUUGUUCAGAUCUCGUGGUUUUUCGAUAACUGGCAAAAAGAGAUUACAGAUUUAGAAAAGGGAUUUUACGGUUGGCUCUGUUCUAAAAUUCGCUUGGAAGACUGCUCCCCAUACGAGGUCAUUGUACUGACUGAUAUAAAAGUCCCCUCAAACACCGCUUCUCAGGACACACUAGCAGGGUAAGACAAAUCACUGAAAAUGUCCCUACAAAAGUUGAGUUUGUUGGGCCAAUUGUGUAUUUGUAGGCUCAGAAUGAGACUUAAGAACAAUAUUCUUAUAAAAAAUGUCAGUUUACUACAAAUUUUCUAGCUCAAACACUCAUUUAAACUUUUUUAUAUCUGAUGAAUAAAAAUAUAUUUAGGCAUUUAAUAAUCAAAAUAGUUUAAAAGUGGGUAUAUAUAUUUAAGGCUUAUUGUUUAGAAAAAUACUGUGUUAGAAAGUGUGUUUCUGAGCCAAGAAAAUCAUGACCUUCAUCUUACUAGUCACUCUGUACUUUAACUCUGUCAGCCCCAUGUGAAUGAAUACACAGGAACCAGAUAUUUAUACUUAUUGUAGAUUGUUAUAAGUCACUUGGGGCUAAAUAUGGAAUCUCCUAAGUUCCUACAUUUUUUUUUAUUCAUCUUAUAUAUAUAUAUAUAUAUAUAUAUAUAUAUAUAUA